UCCGCCACAUCCACCUCCUGCAACAGUCAUGUUCUUUAUCAAAGAGCUGACGCACACAAUUCUGCUCCACCCAUCUUACUUCGGCCCACGGAUGCUCAACUUCCUCGAGUCCAAACUUUACUCGGACGUAGAGGGCACAUGCUCAGGACAAUUCGGGUACAUCAUCGCCGUGGUGUCGAUUCUCGAUAUCGGGAAGGGUAUGGUCCUCAGUGGGAGUGGACAGGCGGAAUUCAUUACGCGGUAUCGCGCGAUUGUGUUCAAGCCGUUUAAAGGGGAGGUGGUGGAUGGGGUGGUGAAUAAUGUAAAUAAGAUGGGCUUCUUUGCGGAUGUGGGACCGCUCACGGUGUUCGUGUCGCACCAGCUCAUUCAUCCUGAUAUGCGAUUCGACCCGAACUCCAACCCUCCGUCGUUUGCAUCAGAUGAACAGAUCAUCGAAAAGAACACCCGCGUUCGCCUAAAAAUUGUAGGAACGCGUGUCGACGCUACGGAAAUUUUUGCUAUUGGAACAAUAAAAGAGGAUCAUCUGGGAGUCAUUGAUUGAUCUCUCUUCGUGUUUUCUCUUCGCUCUCAUCUCAAGCUGUAUUUGUAAUUCCUGUAUGAUAAGUGUAAUAACGGUGGAGUCGAUGAGAU